CCGCUCUAUAAACCCCGACCAUCGGGAGGGGAUAGACCGAUCUCUCUCUCUUUCUCUCUGACUCUGAAAGAUCGCUGCCGAGCGGAGAAUUUUUUUUUUCUAGGGUUUUUGGGGGGGCGAAUGAUCUGCUUCGAGGGUUUUGGAAACCCUAGCUGUAUUCUUUCGUUAAUCGUCGUAGAAGCUGUUGUUGUUAGGAGGAAAUGGCUGUGCUGCCACCGGAAUCGCUGCCGCUGGGGUUCCGGUUCCGUCCGACGGACGAGGAGCUCGUGAACCACUACCUUAAGGGAAAGAUCAACGGCAGGAUCAACUCCGAGGUCGUCGUCAUCCCCGAGGUCGACGUCUGCAAGUGCGAGCCCUGGGACCUACCCGAUAAGUCGUUGAUCAGAUCGGAUGACCCGGAGUGGUUCUUCUUCACGCCGAGGGACCGGAAGUACCCCAACGGGCACCGGGCCAACCGGGCGACGGAAGCUGGGUACUGGAAGGCCACCGGAAAGGACCGGAUGAUCAAGACCAAGCCUCCGGGCCCGAGCCUAAUCGGCAUGAAGAAGACCCUCGUCUUCUACCGCGGCCGGGCGCCGAACGGCGUCCGCUCCAAUUGGAUCAUGCACGAGUAUCGCACCUCCGAGUCGGAGUUCGACUCCGGUGAACAGGGUAGCUUUGUUCUUUGUCGCUUAUUCAAGAAGCCUGAAGAGAGCAGUGCAAGUUCUAAUGUUGAUGGAGUAGAGAGAAAUGUUGGUAAGAUGGAGUCAAGUGGCUUAUCCCCUACUCCAAUUAGGUCUUCACCUGGUGAAACCCAGCAUGGAACAGAUACCUCGGAAGAAUUGGCAGCACAUCUGAACCAAGAGCUUCCAGAGCCAGAUAUGCAAGAAAACUUGCAGACUUUGCUCAACACUUCAGACACGCAAACGACAGGCAUUGAAAGUUGGUCGACAGAGAGAGGAGGUCGUGCAAUGACAUAUGCUUUAAGACCUGAAGAGAGCCAUUUUAGUGGCAAUGGAGCUUCGGUUAUAAGUAAUCACGUGGCUGACGUAGGUGCAGAGGUUGGUUCUCAAUUCUUAGGCCCAGAAUAUGAGCAACUUGAUUUGGAUGAUUUUCCAAACAUCAGUUCCCAAAUGCCACUUUCCAUGGAAUAUUCCAUCUCUGACAUAGUUGACCAGGGGUUACAUAAGAAGAAUCUUGUUCUUGCAGAUUACUCUGUUAGUGAAUUAUUGGAUGAGGUGCUCAGUAACCAGGAUGAAGAUUCCCUUGAGGUAACAGAUACUCAGAAAGAUUCAGUCCCCAGGAUUGUGUCGGAUGAUCAUUUUUGCAUGAUAGAAGAAGAUUCUCUGUGGGAUUCUGCAUCGGGCAAGGAGAGUGGGUCAGGCAGUGAUGUUGAUACUGUAGCUGCAAUUAUACAGGAUGGCCUAGAAUUUGAUGCUUCUGCAUGUUCCUAUGAGUCAGCCUUUCUGGCUAGUGGUUCUUCACAUACGGAUAACAAUAAGGCAUAUCAUGUAACAAGACUUGACCAGGAUAGCCUGCUUCUGGAAGAAGCAAAGACAGGUCUGCCUUUAAGGAAUCGGAGUUUGAGGCAAAAUGUUUCUUCAAUGGGCUCUGCUGCAAAUUUCUGGGAUCAGGAAUCAACCAGGAAACUGGAGUUCAUCAAAGAUGGACUCUCCAAUAAUUUGUUUAAUAGUACAGAGAGGCCAACCUGUCAGGCCAGUACCAGUGGGACAGGAAUUGAGAUCAGGACUCGUCAGGAUCCGCCAAGCUUGGAUGACUUAAUGGAAGAGCAGGGCUUAGCAUUUAGAAGGUUGCUCUUGCAAAAGAUAAAUCACACAGGAUCAAUUUCCGGCACAGAUAGAGAAUUAAGCAGUAAGAAAGAUGACAAUGAGGUCAAAUCAGUGAUAACUGAGUCUGGAGAAUGUGCUGAGCACCAGAUUGCUGAAGAUACAGAAGUUUCAGGGUCUAUCUUCCUUGACGAUGUUGACAGCACCUCUGAUCAUGAUGAUACAACCUCUACUGAGGCAAGGACUGCCUUCUCAGAGAUCUCCCAUGAACCUAAAUCUGUGCUGAGGCGAAGGAGAAGAGGUGCUCACGAGAAUAGUGAUAAACUCGAAGUCCUGUCUCUGCACGCAGAGUCACCUGGUACUGGUUCAGUUUCCAUUACUAGAAUGAUUGUGGUUCUGUUGGCAGUCCUUCUGCUAAUAUCUGUUGUGAUAAGUUGGUAUUUAAGCUAUUGACAUGUUUACAAAACAAGUCCUAAUGUGUAUAGUGUGCAGCAGCUUCUCAGCUUCAUUAAAGUUAUGAGUAAAUUUCUUGCUCUGUUGUUCAA